GAUCACAAAUGUCCCCUGCCGUACUGAAUCUGUCUGAGUUUGGACUCGUUUAUCAACAAUUCGAUGAGGUCACUGUGGACCUCAGUUCGUUGUAGUGGACAUUUCCUUACAUUUUACGGACCAAAUCACAGAUAACUUUACGGUAGUUGAAGAAUUAGUCAUCAGGUGUUCCCUUGUGCUUGUCUUUCAUUCCACAAAUGAAUUAGCUGAGUUACAAAACCAAGCUCAGUUUAGCUGUACGAGCGCCAGUUUGAAAGAACCUUUCAUUCAAUUUCCCCCGAACAAUUUAGGUGCGACUUCCCUGAACUUUGAGCCAGGAAAAAUAUUCCAAACAUCUGAGCUGCAAACACGAGGAGAAGGUGAGGUGCAUGAGAGGCGCUAGAGAGAAAGGAAAAGAGGGAGAAGCAGAGGGAGGGAGGAGGGCAAAGUGUGUGUGUGUGGAGCAGAGAGGGAGGGAGAUGGUGCAGCAGCAGAGAGAGCCAGGAGUGAGUGAGGCGACAGUGCGGAGGUGACAGCGGAGAAUGGAGUCCGCCCGGCGAGCUUUGACCGCGGCGAGCGAGGAGAACCCAGUCGGCCCUUUCCUUCUGGAGCCAGCGUGCUGAAAGAAACCAGGAGGAAUUCGCAGGGGGCAAAGGAAAGGAAUGGCUGAUCCUCUGCGGAGGACUUUACUAGCGAAACUCCGGGGGAAGAAAUCCAAGAAAGGAGCGACGCUCGGCGGUGGAUACGGCUCUGCUGCUGCGGCUGCGGCUGCGGCGAAUGGUGGCCGAGAAGGUAAAGAAAAAGUUUUGCAGACGCAGCGAGACUCCGCCGAGGCUCGCCCGGUAGUGUUGCUCACGGGGCUGGAUUGCACCACAGAGAGAAUGAGUACGUACGAGAAUUGUGUUGAUUUGGCGAUGGUGCAGACCGGGGGGAUCGUGAUAGUCCGGGAGAGUCGCUCAGCAGAGUUGGCCGGCGCACGUCCUCAGAAGCGGAGCAGCGGGGGCAGGGUUCGGGUUAAUGAGGAGCUCCUGGGGGUCUCACUUCAAAGAGCCGUGCAGUUUGCGGGGCAUGCGGUCAGGAAGGACGAUAUGAGCCACCAGGGGCCCAGAUCCGGUGGCGAAAUCACCGUAUCGCUCGGAAGACCGCAUGUCCAGAGAAAACAUUUCGUCUCGGUCCCACGGCAGUGCAGCGUCGGCGAUUCAAUCGGGUUUGGGGACAAUUCAAAUCGCGCUUUGUACCGAGCACGGGUAGAACCGCAUACCGAGGCCGGUAAACCAGCAGAGGGCCGGGUUACUACCGCUGAUAGUGAUGGGACAGAGCCCAGAGACAGAGGACACUCCCGGCACAUGGCAGGGACUGAAGCGACUGAUCAUGAACACAACGCCAACUGGACGUUUGACAACAGCCAAACUUCGGAGACAGACGCGUCGGUUUGCGCGGAACCUUUUCAUCCAAGCUGUGCGUCAACAAGUACGGAAGAAAAUAUUUUAAUCAGAAACGUUGAGAGUUACGGGCCCGAGCGCGCAGGAGACGUUAGGGCGACUACAGGCGCUCUGCAGAGCCCGACGUUUUUCCCCACGGAGUUAGAAAUUUGCGACAUUAACAUGGCAACCAUGUGCGCCACAGAGGGCUCACUCAGAUACGCUUUAGAUAGCGAAGAUGACGAUUAUUAUGAUAAUGAAAUUCUGCCUUUUUAUGAGACCGUUAGGGCAAAAGGUGAUGAUGAUAGAGCAGAGGUUGCAGAGCUGCCUCCGUCUGGUCAGGAUAAAGGACAGCUCGGUGACAGCGACAGUGCCCAGGAAACAGACAGACUUAGGAACCAGCUGAAAGAAGCUUACUACCUGCUUAUCAAUGCUAUGAAUGAUAUCAACCUGGAUGUCCAACAGAUUAGUGCUGGUUUUACUGAGCAACAGGCCACCUCCUCCUGCAGUAGCCACUCCAGGGACAGCCUGUGCUCGAGGCUGUCUGCCAAAAACAUGGACAGUGACUCCUGGUCCUCAGGGGGAGACCACAGCCCUCAGCAGGUGUCUGACACCGACUCACUCCUGCUUUGCCUAGGUGGGAACCUGGAGUCAGGCCUCAAAGUGAGCAGGCCGAGCAGUAAGAGUAUGUUGAACCUGUCCUUGACCGAGGUAAGACCCACGUUGCCACGCUCUGCUAGUGACGGAGCUAUCAGGUAUCCAGGUGGACCCUCGCUCUGUGUUCAGGCCCCUGGAGGGCAGAGUCCUGAAACGGGUGGUGAAACAGGGGCCAAAGAGGCUGAAGUCACAGGAGUGUGUGAGCUGUCAGAACCUCGGGCGCUUUACGAUGCAAUCAGCAGUGCCGAGCUGCUACAAGAUGCUGGCGGUGAUGAAGAUCGUGGCGGGCCGCUCGACGAGAGCAGUGGCUCCGUCAACAGCCUCACGGGUUCGUCAGACAGCAACGCCGAAGCGUCGGCCCAACAGGGUCGCAGCAACAAGCAGGAGCUGAGUGAGGUCCGAGCACAGAGGGCUGGCUCUUUCAACAAGGGCCACGGGGUCACUGUUAACAAGAUGCAAGAGUGGAUGCACAAGGGCCGCUUGUUGUCUUCUGAGAUGAAGCAGCGCAUUGAGGGCCCAUCUUUGCCAAACCUUGGUGGGGGUAAAACAGGGGUUCAGAUGUCCAGCCGAGGGGUUAAACCUGUCAAGGCCAAGCCACCUACAAUCAAGUCUCCAAGGCAGCAGCAGCCAGCAGCUUUCAUUGAGAAUGUCCAAACCCCCUGUGCUAAUGGCCGGGAGGUGGGCCGGACCAAUGAGACCUCGUCAUGGCGGCCACCGCUCACCACCAUCACUGUCUCCAAGAAGCGCAGUUGGCUGCAGCAGAGUUCGCUCGGCAAGAAUCACUGUAACAAGGACGAGCUGCAGGGAGCGCUGGGAGCUGAGGAGGAGGGCAGCCAGGGCUCCUACCAGCCUCCACCUGCUCCCAGUCCUUCUCCAGAAAACCUGAGACCCUCAGGGGGAGCCCCAUCACGGCCAGUCCGCUUGCACCUGCCUCAGAUUAACAUCGGUCAGGCCAAGGUGUCUCCUCACCCUCGGAGCGUGGACCCAGCCGAGGAGAAUGAUGCUGACGAUGAAGGAGAGAUCUGGUACAACCCGAUCCCUGAAGAUGAGGAGCCGGAGAUCUCUCAGCGUCCCUCCGUUCGGCUGCUGGUUCCCCCUCAAGCUGAGCCUCAGAGGAGGCCCAGCAGGGGAGGGGAUGUGGGUCAUGGUGGCAAGAACCCGGGGGGCAGCAGCUGCGCCGGGCCGGAGGCACUUGGGGAAAACCUAGGUGGUGGCGGUACAGGAGAUGGGAGUCAGGGGAAUGCUGUACAUUCCACAGAGGCUCCACAUCUGCACAGACAGAUGCUCGCGUGCAAACCCCAGGAGGAGGGGGGGCCUUCCAGCAGCAGAGCCACAGAUGGUCUUGACCUGCCCAAUGCUAUCAGCUCCCCUCCCUCCAGCCCAAACCCAGCCAAGAAGAGCAGCUCCAUCAACUGGUCAUUUCCAGACAAGAUUAAAUCUCCUCGCACUGUAAGGAAGAUCUCCAUGAAGAUGAAGAAGCUUCCUGAGCUCAGCCGGAAACUCAGUGUGAAAGGGACCCCGAGUGGCAGUAACAGCAACAGCGGAAGCAGUCAUUUGGAGCCCAGAGCCCAUUCUCCCCGAAACAAUGGGAGUGGGUCGGAGACUGUCCCCCAUUCCUCAGCCCCUCCUAGAUUAACUGCAUCUGGGUCUGGACAGGCCAGCCGGAAUGUGAUCUCACGCUACCACCUGGACAGCAGUGUGUCCACACAACACAGCUUCACCAAGAAGAAAAGUGAUGGCAGCUCAAAGUCUGCCAGUAAAGGUGGCUACCUCAGUGAUGGUGACUCACCUGAGCUGGUGGCCAAGUCUGGGAAGCAUGGCUCUGCAGAGGGGAAGGGAGGGAAGGGCAAAGAGACGGAAGGAGGAGCCGGGAGUUCCAAACUCAGUGGCACUGAGCUGGACAUUGAUGCUUUCCGCCAUUACAGUUUCACAGAGCAGCCCAAGUGCAGCCAGUACAUCUCUGGACUUAUGAGCCUGCACUUUUAUGGUGCUGAGGACCUCAAACCUCCACGCAUUGACUCUCGAGAUGUCUACUGUGCCAUCCAAGUGGACUCAGUUAAUAAAGCACGAACUGCUCUUCUCACAUGUCGAACUACCUUCCUAGAUAUGGACCACACCUUUAACAUCGAGCUGGAGAAUGCCCAGCACCUGAAGCUGGUGGUGUUCAGCUGGGAGCCCACACCAAGACGCAACCGCGUCUGCUGCCACGGCACGGUGGUCCUGCCCACGCUCUUCCGGGUGACGCGUUGCCACCAGUUGGCGGUGAAGCUGGAACCACGAGGUCUUAUUUACGUCAAGCUGAGCCUGAUGGAGCAGUGGCAGAACUCGCUGGAUGCUGGGCCAGAUGGAGACAGGGAGCCCCAGGUGUUUGGUGUGGAGGCGUGGCGGGUGGUGGAGAGGGAGAACACGGGUCUGAUGGUGCCACUGCUUAUAACCAAGUGCAUCAAUGAGAUCGAAAAGAGAGGCUGCCAGGUGGUGGGUCUCUAUCGUCUGUGUGGUUCUGCAGCCGUGAAGAAGGAACUACGUGAGGCGUUUGAGAGAGACAGCUACGCCGUAGAGCUGUGUGAAAGCACGUAUCCCGAUGUCAACGUCAUCACAGGAGUACUGAAGGACUACCUGCGAGAGCUGCCCUACCCUCUGAUCACCAAGAACCUGUAUGAAGCAGUGUUGGAGUCCAUGGCCACGAGGCCUCUGCGGAUAGGACCGGCGGGCUGCGAGAACGACCAGGCAGACUCGGAGCACACCGUCAGUCUGCUGGACAGCCUGCCAGAGGUGGAGAGGAUGACUCUGCGGAGGCUUCUCGACCACCUAAAGUUGGUAGCGUCCUAUCAGGAAGUGAACAAGAUGACGUGUCAGAACCUGGCCGUGUGUUUCGGCCCGGUGCUGCUGAGUCAACGUCAGGAGGCGUCGUGUCACACCAAUCGAGUCUUCAUCGACUCUGAGGAGCUGGCCAGCGCGCUGCACUUCAAAAAACACAUAGAAGUCCUGCAUUACCUGCUCCAGCUCUGGCCAGUUGUGGACCCAAGUGGCCAGUCCUCCUCCCAGCCCCCUGCGGCCACUUUGGCUCUGGCCUCAUCUGACCUGCUGUCAGCCCCUCCAUUACGCCGGAGGAAAGAUCGCCCCCAGGUCCUGAACCUCUCUGAAGCAGAUGUGGCAGGCGUUCUGCGGCCUAGACCUGGGCGCCUGGACAGCCCCAGCAACCGCUACGCCGGCGACUGGAGUGACUGUGGUGACAGCUACUUCCCCUCUGAAAUUCUGCUGCCUCCAAGCAAAGAAGAGGCAGACUAUGAUGAUGUGCCCUCUGAGGAUACAGAGCCAGCUGAGGAGGGGCAAGAAAAGUCUGAGGAUGCAGAGGAAGAUGAAGGGCAGAAGGUCAUAAGCCCCGCGUCUGAUCCUGCAGAGCUGGAGCAACCUCAGCGAGAGAAAAUGGGGAAGGAGGAAGAAAAGGAGGAACAGGAGGAGGAGGAGAAACAAGUAGAGAGUGAUGGUUCCGGCUAUGGGCAGCCAUUAGUGGACAAGGAGGAGGAGGAGGAAGAGAGGGUGUGCGACCACAUCCUGCCUCCUUGCCUGCCUAAAGAGCACACCUACCAGGCGUACAUGAAGAUCCAGGAUAUGAGCCCCGUGCUGAGCAACAGGGUCAACCUGAGAGACCUGCAGGAGAGCAUCGACACACUAAUAGGAAACCUGGAGAGAGAGCUCAACAAGAACAAGCUCAACGUUGGCUACUGACUCCUACCAGUGACACAUGCAUACACAUACCCACUCACAAAGCCUGAUGAGGUUUGGGGAAGACCUUCUUGACUGAUCAAGGUGCUUCAGGAUACAGCCACAGCGUGUCCAGGACUUCUGCAUGGCGUGGUGCUGCUCUUUAAACCUAAAGGAUGAGAAGAAAUGUAACAGGGCACUUCUGGCAUUUGUAUCUUACCCAUAGACAUUCCGUAACGUUUUUGUUGACUGUCUUACUUAAUGUUGUUGUUGUUGGUUUGUUUCAGUCCAGUUCUGUGUUCCAUGUUGUUAUUGUUGCUUCUCUUCUUAUUAGAAGAACCCAUUGACCCCUCAGGGGUUUAAAAGGUGCCUUAAUUGUGUGAAGGUGGUACGUCAAGAGGAAAAUCCACCCUAAAAUAAAGUGUCUCCCCUCGUGCGAUCUUGAUAGAGCAUUUGCAACCAACAGGUUAACCUCCAUGAUAUAAUGAAGUCUCGUUUUUACACAAAAACAAAUAGGUACAUAUCCACCCUGGGUAUUAUGAGGUUCAUCAGCGUAAGAUACUGAUACCAUGAGAGUGAAGUUAAUGAUAGACAAUAUUUACUUACUUAAAAUUGAACAGAUUCCCGAGUUUCUCCUCAUAAGCAGCAUUAGAACAUUGGACUCUCACAUCCAUGCAGAGGUAGGAAAAAGUCUUGGAUGCAUUAGGCCUUUCAACUGGGAAUAGGUUUUCAACAAAAGUAUAUAAUUAGGCAAUUAAAUUAAUAAAAAAAAAAAGAAAGAAAACAACCAUCCUGUCUACAGUCAAAGCUGGUCCAUGUUCUCAUAUUUUAUUGAAUCCCAACUGUUACUGAUUGUUAGUCUCCCAUGCUGAAUGAUAAAACUUUGAUUGUGAGUUCUAGAGUUUCUAGCUUCUUCUCUAGCAUCUAUUUUAGAGCAUGUGUGUUGCAAUACAAACCAAGACAAGAGGAACACGUAGGCUCACAUUCUGUUUAAGGGUGGAUUUCCUCUUUAAGGCAGCAGAAAGCUUUUCUUUUGAGGUAUGAAACACUAAAUGUUGUACAACAAUAAUGCACUUAUGAGGCAGGCAGUAGUACAGUAGAUUGUCAUAGUUAAUGCAGUUCAAAACAAACUGACUGGACUGAACUGAGGGAGAAAGAGCUGCCACAGAAACCUCUCAAAGAUAAAUGAAUGAAUAUGGCUUGAAAUGUUACUUUCUGCAUUGUGAUAUGUUCAUCUACAGGUAGAAGCAGGCUAUUAAAAACAAAGAAAAUGUGUUUCAUGUGGCAUCAAAUUCGGGUUAGGCUUAAAAAACAGUUCAGCAUUUUGAGAAGUUUGCUUAUUCACUUUCUUGUUUAGAGUUAUGCAUGAAGUUGGCUUGGCUUAGCAUAAAGACUGGAAACAGCUAGCCUGGCUCUGUCCAAAGGUAAAAAAAAACAAACAAACAAAAAAAUAAUAAUAAAUGUCCCUAAGAUGUUACCAGCAUCUCUACAGCUCAACUAUCACUCAAGACUACAUCUUGUUUCGUAAGUCCAUACAGUUUUUCAAGGUCUUUAUGCUAAGAUGAGCUAAUGUGAGGGCGUAAUCAUUCUUCUCUCUAACUUUUGAUUAAAAAAAAGAAAAAAAAAAAAGAAAAGCAAAUAAGCAUAUUUUCAGAAGAUGUUUAACUAUUCCUUUAAAUAACCAACCAGUCACCUUUUUGCUUUUUCCACCUUCUUGGAGAAAACCGUGACAGCCAAAAUGUGAAGCACAAUUUUCAGAGCAGCGGUGGAAACUGUUAGCAGAGGGCCUGAGUCAGUGCGACUUAGCUAGCUGCCUAAAUCGACAAAGGACGUUUUCAGCAAUCCAGGGAUUCAGAAUGAUCAGUAUUUAACCUAUAUGUAUGUGUAUAUAAUUAUAUAAAUGUAUUCGGAGUAUAUUAUUUUUACAGCUUCUAUUUCAAUGUUGUAUUUAAAUACUUCUGAUGACCUCGUAGCGUUGUAGUAAUAGUCACUUUUCCUCCCUUCAAGCUACCUGUGCACAUCUUAAUGUGCUGGACUAAUGGUACAAAUUUAGCUGUAAAAUAUAUGAUAAAUCCGUGCUCUUGCAGAAAACGUGAUAUUGUUAUUUUUAUUGUAUUGUGUAUAUAUUUGAUAUUGUUAUGUGUCUCUGGUGGACUAAGCUGUGUUCAACAUUUUUGGUGUUUUAUUUUUUUUUUUAAGGUACUGAACGUUGCAUGGUCAAAAGCUUUACUGACAUAAACAAGGCUCUUUCUCAUCUGCCUUUGUAUUUGAUAUUUAUGUGUAAAAAGACUUAUUUUGCAAUGUAUGCUUUUUUGUUCGUUACCCUGAUCCUCCAAUAGACAGAUGACUGUAUUGGUUAAGUUUUUCUCCAGAGGACAUAAAGGCAGACAGUGAUUUGUUACAUUGCAGUGCACUUCAAAAUUGUGCUUGUUAUAUACAACAUAUUUGCCAUUAUCAGAGAAUAUAGUUUUACACGUAAAUCUAAGGUGACAAUUGUAUAAGACAUUUUCAUUUUGUUCCAAAUUAGCAAGUUUCACUUUUCCAGAUUUGCAGAUUCUUGUUAUUUUCAAGAGGAGUGCAUUCCCCUUAAGCAAAAACAACAGAAACUGGAUUGCGAACAAGUGAAACCCAGCUGCAGAGACUUUAGAUUAGUCUUGAAAAACAAAUACUAGUGAGAUGAAUAGUGAGAUCUUGAAUUUCCCUCUGGAUCAAUAAAAUAUCUGUCUAUCUACCUAUCAACAUUUGGUGUAGAUUUUGCCUUUUUAUUUAUGCUGCAUCAUGAUGAAGUUCUGGCUGCUGCCAUUACUCUGAGCGGGUCUGGUGACACAGGGUUUUGGCAGACUUGAUUUCAAACCGAUCUCAUUUAGAGUACAGAAAUUAACAUGGAGCAUCACAUGCAGUCACAUGAUCUCAUUUUGCCAGGCAUUAAUCUUGUUUUAGUCUCCUCUCUGUCACAGAUUAUAUAAGCAAUCGUGCAUAAUUUUUUGUGUUAAUAUACUGUAUACCUGUCUUCUUUGUCCUUUGGAGAGAAACUGUCACAUCACUUAACAAAACAGAAAAGUGCUUUGUAUUGAUCCUGAGAAAUGUAUGGUCAUAAUAAAGUAUAUUAUUUUACAGUGA